GAUUUUGGACAAUGGCCUGAGAUUUUUAAAACUGUUUUUUUCACUCAAUUGAAAACCUAAGGUGACCUCCAACCCCAUGAAAAGUCCCACGGAAAUGCAAUUACGUGUCAAGACAGCGUAUUGAUUGCGGAGAAAAUACGAGUUUUCCCGAACACUUGAUGAUGCCUGAGGCGUCACUGGUGGCGAAUAUGGCGGACUAACGAAGCACUUGGAGUGAAUUUUUACAACUUUUGGAUUUUCGUGGGAUGUGUUGGGUAAGUCCCAAUGCGUGAUUUCAACUCAAUUUGAUGAGGCAAUUAAAAUUAUCGGGCUCAGGAAAACGUAAAAGAAAGUUAAAUAUAGUUCCUGGGGGAUUUAGGGAGAUUUGCUUAUUGGGAGGUAUUGGAGAGCGAAGGUUCUGGAGAAUUUAUGGGCGGGUUUCCAAGUUGACGUUCGGUGGAAGCAGUGAAAAGUGGUUUGAGCAGGUAGCGGCAGGUUCAAAAUUUGUUGCCAGAUGUCCAAUAGGGCGCAUUUGCCGGUUGUGACGGCGCCAUUUUCGAAACUCCGGUGCUCCGAAAGUUUAUGUGAGAUCAUUUUGACCUUUGCAAUCCUAAAAUGAUUCGCUAAAAUCUCAAGGACUGCAGAGAAACGUGAAAAUGUUGGCCUCGAAGCUUAAGAUAUUCUUCCCCCCCACUAUUUCUCUCAGAAAAAUGGCUACUGUGAAGAGGUUUUACAGGAAAACCAAUAUUCUGAGCAACGGGGAUAGGUUCGAGAUUACUUUGGACCAGAGGAAGCUUAAGACUCCUAAGGGGAAUGUCUUCGAGGUGACUAGUAAACCACUGGCCCUUGCUGUCGCCAUGGAGUGGGAGAGCCAGGAGGACACCAUCAACAGGAGCAAUAUGCAUCUGACAGCCCUUUGCAGUACCUUAUUAGAUAAUCCUCACCAGCACAGUAGAAUGGACAUCGUGAACUACAUUUCAAACUACCUAGAAACAGACACCGUUUUAUUUCAGUCAAACGAUACGGAAGAGUUGUUCAAAUUGCAAACAGAAAAAUGGGAUCCAAUAAUUCAGUGGUUCUGUGACAAGUACCAGGUCGACAUCACGAAGACCACAAGCAUAAGUCCUCCCAUUAUUCCUCCACCAACCAAAGACAUCCUGACACGGCAUUUUGCUUCUUACGAUUAUCCUGCGUUAAUAGGAUUUAUGUACGGAAUUGAUAUUCUCAAGUCCGUGAUCUUGAUGAUGGCGGUUUGUGAGAGGUUAAUCAAUGUUCAGAGUGCUAUCAGCCUAACUAGAUUAGAAGAAGAAUUCCAAAUUUCACACUGGGGGAGAGUAGAAUGGUCCCAUGAUCUCAGUAAAAACGACCUCCAGGCUCGACUCUCAGCAGCUGUUUUAUUCAUCCACCUCAAUACAUCAUCAGCAACAUCAAAACCGAAGAUGGAGAGUUCGUGACUUGUAAAUAAUACAUUAUAAAAUCUAGACAAGUAUAAAAACAGAAUUGUUGAACAGG